UCGAUCAUACAAGUUCAUAGUAUAUAUCAAACCUUAAAAAUCUAGAGACAGUCUAGGGAAAAUGCAUGGUGCUGAGCUACUUCAAGCUCAAGCUCAUGUUUGGAAUCACAUCUUCAACUUCGUAAACUCAAUGUCUCUAAAAUGUGCUAUUCAACUAGGCAUACCGGAUGUUAUCCAUAAUCAUGGAAAACCCAUGACCCUUUCUGAACUUGUCGCUGUCUUGCCCAUUCACCCAUCCAAAGCCCCUGGAGUCUAUCGCCUCAUGCGCGUACUGGUCCAUUCUGGUUUCUUUGCGACACAAAAUAAUAGUGGAGAGACUGAAGGAGAAGGCUAUGUUCUCACCAAUGCUUCUCAACUCCUUAUCAAGGACAACCCUUUCAGUGUAACACCAUUCUUGCUAGCCAUGCUUGAUCCAAUUUUAACACAACCAUGGCAUUAUGUAAGCGUUUGGUUCCAAAAUGAUGUCCCUUCCUCGUUCUAUACGGCCCAUCAAAGGACACUUUGGGAAUAUGCUGGCCAUGAAACAAAGCUCAAUCAUUUCUUUAAUGAAGCUAUGGCAAGUGAUGCUCGAUUGGUUUCGAGUGUGUUGGUAAAUGAGUGCAAGGGAGUUUUCGAAGGGUUAAAUUCGUUGGUUGAUGUUGGGGGUGGCACUGGAACUGUGGCCAAGGCAAUAGCUAAAGAAUUCCAGCAUUUGGAUUGCACAGUCUUUGAUCUCCCACAUGUGGUAGCUGGUUUGGAGGGAAGUGAAAACUUGAAAUAUCUUGGUGGAGACAUGUUCGAGGCAAUUCCUCAAGCAGAUGCAAUUCUGCUGAAGUGGAUUCUUCAUGACUGGAAUGACGAGGAAUGCGUGAAAAUACUCAAGCAAUGCAAGGAGGCAAUUAAGGGCCGAGAAGGAGGAAAGCUGAUUAUCAUAGAUAUGGUGGUGGAGAACAAUAAAGAGGUAGAAGGUUCAACUGAGACACAGCUCUUCUUUGAUAUGCUGAUGAUGAUCUUGGUCACAGGAAAAGAAAGAAACGAGAAAGAAUGGGCCAAACUAUUCACUGAUGCUGGCUUCAGUAACUAUAAGAUCAACCCAGUUCUGGGUUUAAGAUCUCUCAUUGAAGUUUAUCCUUGAUAAGCUAGUUCUUGAUCACCCAUGUAUCAUAAUCUAUGAAACACCGGAGGUCUGCAAUUAAUAUUGUCUUGUUGCAAAAUCAUAUGAAAUAAUGUCUCUAGAGUGUCAUGUACUGAACAUAUUGCCUUGUUGCAAAAUCAUAUUAAAUAAAUUAGUCUUUAUAAUAGAUAA